GAAACAUAAUAUGAGUGUUGCUGCAAUCAUUUUUUGCAUUGGGGUUUUGGAGCUUGCUGGGCAUGUUCAUGGCCGACCAAGUACUAAUCCUCUAACACCAGCCUUAUUCAUCUUUGGUGACUCGUUGAUGGACUGUGGAAACAACAAUUACAUACCAACAAUGGCAAGAGCAAACUAUUUCCCUUAUGGGAUAGAUUUCGGCCAUCCAACCGGCCGCUUCUGCAAUGGUCUAACAGCUGCUGAUUAUAUAACUCGACACCUUGGUUUGCCAUUGAUUCCACCUUAUCUGUCUCCAAUGUCAAAAGGAAGAAAGAUCUUGAAUGGACUCAACUAUGCAUCUGCUGCAGCUGGCAUUCUAGAUGAAACUGGGCAAACUUACGGAGCAAGGACAACCUUUAAUGAACAGAUUUUGCAAUUUGAGGGCACUAUCAGCCUGGACCUACAAUCAUUUUUCAAAAAUCCUGAUGAGCUGAACCGGUACAUUGCCAAAUCAGUAUUCCUUAUUAGUAUAGGCAGCAAUGACUAUAUCAACAAUUAUCUCCAGCCAAACAGCUACCCCAGCAGCAAAUUUUACAGUGGAGAAGGUUUUGCAGAUCUCCUAAUCAAUAUCUUCUCAAUUCAAUUAUCGACAUUGUACAGGUUAGGUGCAAGAAAAAUGGCUGUAGUUGGAGUUGGACCACUAGGGUGCAUACCCAAUCAGUUAUCCACAGCAAAUGGCAAAAACAGCUGCAUAAAGAAGGUCAAUGACUUGGCUGCCAUGUUCAACAGCCGUCUCAUUCAGCUCAUCAACACUCUCAAUGCCAGUCUCCCAGGCUCUUUCUUCAUUUAUCACAACACCUAUGAUCUCAUCUAUGACAUGGUCACCAGUCCUUCUAGAUAUGGGUUUGUGGUGCCAAACAGAGCUUGUUGUGGCAAUGGGAGAUAUGGAGGGAAUCUUACCUGCCUUCCCCAGCAGCAACCAUGUGCUAACAGAAAUCAAUACAUCUUCUGGGAUCCUUUCCAUCCAACCCAAGCUGUCAAUGCAAUUGUAGCUAGGAGUUGCCAUGGCAAGUCAGCAACCAAAUGCUAUCCUAUAAGCAUAGAUCACCUGGCACAACUAUAGAGAGGAAAAAGAGAAAAAAAGAAGAAAACUCCAAUGCAAUUGUUAAUCUAAUUUUCAUGUGAAUGGUGCCACUGAGAACUGGUAUUAUUAUAUGGCUUAACCAUUCUAUCUUGUUUAAGGCUUCACAAAAUUAAUUUGGAGAACAUCUCAAAGUCUUGCUCAAGUAAGAUGCUUGGUGUCAGUCUAAUUAUGAAGUAAAUGGCAUGUUCAAGAGACAAUAUCCUCAUUUAUUAGCAAAAAGAGACAGAACAAUACAUCUAUCCUAGUUGUAGAGCGGAUACUAUCAAGCUAGUUGAGAGACAAAAGCAAUCAAAAAGAGAAAGGUUGAUUCAACCUAAAGUACUGUUUCCAAGACA